CUGGGAACCAGUUCGUAGAAGAUGGGGGGUAUAGUCACAGCGUACCGAGCACACACGACGCGAUGUCUGUGUGCAAAGUGGGACCAUACCCAAAGAAGAGAAGAGACCAUGGUCGCAGCAAACCAGAUGUCCGCUCGAUGCGAAGUCGAUUUGAACGUCCGGGGGACCAUGGCAGAGGGAGGUAUAGUCACAGCGUACCGAGCACAUACGACGCGAGAUCGAUCUGCAAGGUGGGACCAUACCAAGAGAGAGAGGAGAUCUAUGGUCACAGCGAACCAAGCGUUGACAAGACACGAAGUCGAGUCUCACGCUCAGGGGACCAUCAGAGGAUGAAAGACGAAGCUGAGAAAGACAGAGACGUGGCAGAUUGGAAACUGAACAAGUGGGGGGAUGAACCAUGUAGAGAAAAGCUAUGGUCACAGCAAACCAGACGGCCACACGAACGAAUCGAGUUACUCGCCCAGGGGACCAUAGCAGGAUGGAAGAUGGGGUUGAAGAAAACAGGACUGUGACAGUGUAGAAUAUAAUUCAAAUGAGACAUAAUCAGGCUGAAACAGGAACCAAAAGAUCAUGGGCGACCAGAGCGAAAGAGACAAAAAAGUUGCACUUGGGAGGGGAAGGGUAGAGGUUGAAGGCAGAUGGAGAAGAGAUGGAUGGAGAAGAGGAGAAGGUUGAAGAGGAGAAGUUUAAAUAAGGAAGAGAAGGAGAGUGGGAAGAGGGUGAUGCACUGGGAGCCAUCAUGAGCAGUGAAUGACG